AUUUACCUUUAAGAGCUAGAAAAAGGCAAAGAAGACAACGCGACGCAGAAGACCGAUAGCUGUUAGCAUUAUAUUAACACAGUUAUCUAAUGUCUUACUAACGUAUGUAAAACAGUCGGGGGGAAAUCAUAUGCAGCGACAGAAAGAAGCGUUGAUAAUAAAGAGUCCCUGACAGAGACCGAGCCGUUCUGACAACAUGGAGAAGCAGUUGCAUUUGAACCUGCUAGCCUCCAGACCUCCUAUGGCAGGUGGAAUGCAGUCUAGCUCCAAAAUGAAAAUGGGACCUGGGAGGAAGAGAGAUUUCACUCCCUUAUCCUGGAGUCAGUACUUUGAAACCAUGGAAGAUGUUGAGGUCGAAAAUGAAAAUGGCAAAGAUAUUUUCCGACUGUACUGUAAUGGCUCCCACGGCCCAGUCCUGUUCUUGCUCCAUGGUGGAGGCCACUCUGCACUUUCCUGGGCUGUGUUCACUGCUGUCAUAUGCAACAGGAUCAACUGUAGAGUGGUGGCCAUGGACCUCCGAGCUCAUGGAGACACCAAAGUUAAAAAUCCUGAGGAUCUUUCUGCAGACACAAUGGCAAAAGAUGUUGGUAAAGUGGUGGAGGCACUCUAUGGAGAGAGCCCACCUCCCAUCUUGAUAAUUGGCCACAGUAUGGGCGGGGCCAUUGCAGUUCAUACAGCCAGUGCCAAUCUAGUGCCGUCCCUGCUUGGGCUGUGUGUCAUCGAUGUUGUAGAAGGUACUGCCAUGGAUGCUUUGAACAGCAUGCAAAAUUUCCUCAGAAGUCGGCCAAAGACGUUUAAGUCUCUGGAGAAUGCCAUUGAGUGGAGUGUGAAAAGUGGCCAGAUUAGAAACCUGGAGUCAGCUCGGGUGUCGAUGGGAGGACAAGUGAAGAAAUGUGAGGAGUCCAUCAGCAGCCCAAGUGUUACCAACAGCCUGGGUGAAGGCAUCAUCGAGGAAGAGGAGGAUGAAGAAGCAGAGGAGGAAUCAAACAAGAAAAGAAUGAAGGAAGAUGAACACCAGGUCAAAAAGGAAAGCGUCUUCACUUGGCGAGUGGAGCUGUCAAAGACGGAAAAGUAUUGGGAGGGCUGGUUUAGAGGUCUGUCAGCACUCUUCCUCUCCUGCUCUGUGCCAAAGCUGCUUCUGCUUGCAGGAGUGGACCGGCUGGACAAAGACCUUACAAUUGGACAGAUGCAAGGGAAGUUUCAGAUGCAGGUCCUACCUCAGUGUGGACAUGCUGUCCACGAGGACGCACCUGAUAAAGUAGCAGAUGCUCUCGCAACAUUUAUGGUCCGGCACAAAUUCACCGAGUUUAAGGAAGGAUUUCUGUGCUAACUUCCUGUCCAGAUCCCAGCAGCAAUUGAAGACAAGUUUCAUCAUCACUGAAUGUCAAUGUCAACAGCAAAAUAAAUAAUUGUUACUUUUGUUCUGUAGAUAUUUUUGCCUUUCAGCUUUGCCUUAUUUUUAUUUGAAAACGUCAGACUUUGAUUGUUCGUUUCCUGGACAUCAGCUGUAUUAUCAUUAUUGUUAUUAUUUAAUGCUCUCCUUGUUAAAUGGUUUAUUUUAGAGGGACUGCAUUAUUGUUCAUGUGUGUUUGCAAUGUUUGAAUUCAAACUGAUGAAGAAGAUUAAAGAUGAAUGCAGCCAACGA